AUGGUGAAAAGGAAUUUACCUCAAUUUGAAUUACCCAAUAAGAAAUGGAACAUAUUUGAAGAUAGCUUGCUGUACCGUAUUGUGAAAGAUAAAGAAGAAAAAAAUUACAAGAAAAUAUUUUCCUUCGAUUUAGACAACACUCUAAUUUUAUCUCGAGGAUUUUUUAAACCAGCACAGAAUGAGAAAGACUAUAUUUUUUAUUCAGAUAUUAUUGAAUUUUUAAAAAAGAAAUAUGAAGAGAAUUAUAAAAUUAUGAUUUUUUCUAAUCAAAAAGGAGUGAGUUCAGGCAAAUUAAGUCUGUUAAAUCUUAUAAAUAGAGUAGAUGAUAUAAUAGAAAAAAUAGGUUUACCAUUAGAAUGUUAUUUAGCUUUAAAAAAUGAUAAAUAUAGAAAACCAAGAAUAGGAAUGUAUUUAUUUGCUACAAAAGAUUAUAAAGAAUAUAUAGAUGAAGUUAUAUAUGUAGGUGAUAAUGCAAAUAGAAUUUAUGAUGAAAAAUUUAAAAAAGAAUUUAUUAAUCAUUUAAAAUAUAUAUACUCAAAAAAUAAUGUUAAUAUUAAUAUUGAUGAAAUAUAUAAACGUUUAAAAAAAGAUUAUACAGAUACUGAUUUAAAAUUUGCUCUAAAUAUCAAUGCAAAAUUUUAUACACCUGAAGAUUUAUUUCUAAAUAUUAAAAAUCAUAUAUCUACCGAUUUUUUAUUUAAUCCUAAAUAUUUUAAUAAUGAAUUAGAGGACCAACAAAAUAUUAAUAAAAAAAAUAAUUAUUUCUAUGAAAUGUGUAUGAAAGACUAUCAUUGUGAAAAUGAAGAAAGCAAUAAUAUAAAUACAAAUAAUAAUAUUAUAUCAAAAAAUGAUUAUACUAUAGAUGACAAAUGUAUCCCUCCAAAUGAUAAACAAAAAUUAGUCAUAUUAAUGGGACCCCCAGGUUGUGGAAAAACCUUUCUAUGUACUAAUUAUUUUUCAACAUAUAUAAGAAUUAAUAUGGAAGAAUAUAAAACUAUAUCAAAAUGUAUUCAAGCAUUAAAAGAAAAAUUAAUACAACAUAAAAAUGUUAUAAUAGAUAAUGUCAAUUCAUUAAUUAAAAAUAGACUUUUAUAUAUUAAUGAAGCAAAAAAAAUAAAUCAAAAUAUAGAAAUUAGACUUAUAUAUUUUAAAUAUUCAAAAGAAUUAAUUAUACACUUAAAUACCUUUAAAUUAAUUACUGAUAAAACGAACAAAUUCAAUGAUGUACCUACUAUAGCUAUACAUUCAUUUUAUAAAUAUGUUCAAGAACCUUCAAAAGAUGAAAAUGUGGAUCAUAUAAUAGUUCUAAAGGAUGAAAAUUUUGUACCAACCAAAUUUGAAAGCGAAGAACAAAAAAAGUUAUUUUUCAUGUAUUUAAAUUGA